AUGUUCCCCCUCGUCGCUGACGCUAAACAUUCCGCGCUUCCCCUCAUCCCCCUCGCAGCCCUCGCCUCCCUUAGUCGCCCGCGCUCCCCCUCAUCGCCCGCAUUUCCCCUCAUCGCCCGCGCUUCCCCUCAUCACCCUCGUCGUCCCUCGCCGCCCUCGCUUCCCGUCGUCGCCCUCGCCUCCUCGUCACCCGUGUUCCGCGCCCCCAUCCGCGCUUCCGCACGUCAAACGCACUUCCCCGUGUCAACCACACUUUCCCCGUCAACCGCGCUUCCCUCGUCAACCGCCCUCGCUUCCGUCACCGCGCUUCCCCUCGUCGCGCUUCCCCUCAUCUCCUCAACGCCCUCGCCAGUCGUCGUCCCCGCCUCCCAGUCCACACCACCUUCCCCCGCACAUGUCCGCCCGUAUUUUCCCACAAACCCCCUCCCAUUCUUUCCCGCAUUCCCUUUUUCCCUCUUCCUCACUCCCGCUUUACUGCUCUCUCAAACGUCCCGCCUAAACACCCACCCACCAUCCGCCUUCCCCCAACUUACCCUCCUAUGCACCACAUACCACAACCCCUCACGCCCCAUCCGCCCGUCGUUUCCCAGCAUUGACUCCUCCCCCCCACCCUCUUCCCUGAUUCUCCCCAUGCUCUUCCCUGUUUUCCACAAUCCUCUGCCCUUCUUCCUCCCACCCUCUCUCCUGCUUCCCCCCAUCCUCUGCCCUCCUUCUUCCCAACCCCUGCCCUGCUUCUUCCCCCCCCCUCCCCCGUCCCGCUUUCUCCCGCGCUCUGCCCUGGUUACCCCCACCUUCUGCCCCACUUCCCACCAGGGCAGAGGCACACGCCAGGUGAACCCAGGGGAUGAGAUGAGGGGAUCGAUGGGUGAGAGCCACAUGGCAGGUGGGGCUGAGGGGAGUGAGAGGGAUAUGAUAGCUGAAGGGCCGGCCAGAUCCCAAGAGCAAGUAGAGGAUGGGAACGACAGAGGGGAGGAGGGACAGAGGGGGAUGGACAGAGGGGGAGGGGCAGAGGGGGAUGGACAGAGGGGGAGGGACAGGGGGGGAGGGACAGAGGGGGAGGGACAGGGGGGAAGGGACAGAGGGGGGGAGGUGCCCACUCCAUUCCGCUCUGUUUCCCUUCUUCCUUUCCUGGUCUCUCCCCCUGCCUGCCUUGCUUGCCUCGCCUUCCUUUCCUGCCUUACCACCUUUCCACCUUGUCUUCCCAUCUCUCGUCCCUUUGUUCUCUCGUCAAGCAGGACUAGUUCGGGCUCAGAGGAGUUUGGCAGCGUAGAGAGAGCAGCAGCCGGCACAAGAAAGUGUUGA